AAGAACCGUCAUCAUAGUAAGUCGAUUCACACUGAAAUUGAAGUUCUAAACUUGCAUAGAAUUUCUUGUGAAACUAAUGCAAUAGGUACUGCAGUAGCUAAGGAGACUUUCCAACAUGAGUCUGAAAAAUAAAGUGGCUUUAGUGACAGGCGCGAGCUCUGGCAUCGGAGCGGCAAUCGCAGUGAAGUUUGUCGCAGAAGGAGCCAAAGUAGCCAUCGUUGGACGUAAUCAGAAGAAACUGGCCGCUGUCUCAGAAGAAUGUCAAAAGAACGGCUCCCAACCGUUAGUCAUCGUUGCUGACGUCACCAAAGAAGAUGACGCUAACAGGAUUAUUAACGAUACCAUCAAGCAUUAUGGAAAGUUGGACAUACUGGUGAAUAACGCUGGCAUUUGGAAUAUAUCCAGCAUUUUCGACAAAAAUGUCAUGGAAAUGUUUGAUAAAGUCAUGGCUACAAACCUGCGCGCUGUAGUAUAUCUGACGCAUCUUGCUGCCCCAUACAUCAUUGAGACUAAGGGUAAUAUAAUCAACAUGUCCAGUGUAGAUGCUAUGUUUGUGUAUGAAAAUUCAUUUAUCUAUAACACUUCUAAAGCGGCGUUGGAUCACUUCACACGGUGCAUGGCUUUCGAGUUGGCUCCUAAAGGAGUACGUGUAAACACUAUAAACCCCGGACCAGUGAAGACUGAUAUUUUGGAAAAUAUAGGGGCGGAUCCGUCAACUCAGGCAUCUAUUUUGGAAGAUUGGAGGAAUGCCACGGCUCUGAAGAGAGUGGCUGAUGCCGAGGAGAUUGCUGACUUGGCUGUGUUCGUCGCAAGUGACAAGGCGAGGAGCAUCACGGGAACUGCCCUUCUGACUGACAACGGAACUCUUCUCAAGUAGAAUGACGAAU